AGUUCAACUCAAUCGUUUGUGGAACAAUCAACAACCAGCAACAAUAUGAAAUUCUUCUCCGUUGUCACCGUUUUCGUGCUCGGCCUCUUGGCUCUGGCCAGUGCCGUUCCCCUGUCGCCCGAUCCUGGCAAUGUGGUCAUCAACGGCGACUGCAAAUACUGCAAUGUCCACGGCGGCAAAUAGACGAAUCGAACCGAACGAAUCCCGUUCAGCUUCCUAGCCUUACCUCAAUCCGUUGGCACCAUAUUUAUGUACACACUGCGUU